UCCAGGCAACAACUGCUUAGUAUGGCGCCGGUGUGCAAAGUGCUGUUGUCCGUGCUGGCGUGCGUCGCGGUCGUAGCUGUUCACGUUCACGCUGGUGUUAUCAUCAACAGAAAUUCACCCAAAUCUGUCGAGCGUCUACGCAACUUGCGCCCGAAUGAGCUGGCUGAGGAACUGAGCGGUCAGUACGAGGGUGAUAUGGUGCUGACGGAAGAACAGGAACGUGCGGUGCUUGGCAGCAGGCGCAACGGAUUGGUUGCCACCUCGUACCGGUGGAGGGACAACACCGUUCCCGUGCAGAUCGUUGAAGAGGACUUCACGCCCGAGCAGGUUGAACACAUCCGUCGCGGUAUGCGACUCCUGGAAUCCGUCAGCUGCCUGCGGUUUGUACCGCGCACGGAAGCACACACCAACUUCGUCCGAGUUAUCGGUUCCGAUUCCGGCUGCUACUCGUACGUUGGGCAACUGGGUGGUGAGCAGACGCUGAACCUGCAACCGUACGAUGUCGAUACCGGAUGCUUCCGGUUGGCGACGAUCCAGCACGAGUUCCUGCACGCUCUUGGCUUCUACCACCAGCAGAGUGCUAGCGAUCGCGAUGAGUUUGUCGACAUCGUUUGGGAAAACAUUGAGGAGGGCAAGGAGCAUAACUUCAACAUCUACCCCAGUACGACGGUGACCGACUUCAACGUACGCUACGACUACGGUAGUGUGAUGCACUACGGUGCGACGGCAUUCAGUAAGAACGGCCAGGACACGAUCGUGCCGAAGGAUCCGAAUGCGGUCAUUGGACAGCGUGUCGGGUUGAGCGAACGGGACAUCUCCAAGCUGAAUCACAUGUACGGCUGUUUGAAUAAAUCGUGAGGCGACUACCACGACUACC